AUGCUGGCAUGUUUCUGUCUGCCCGAGGGUGUUGCCAUGCCACAUGAUUGCUUUGUCGGGGACGACUCGCCGUCGGACAUUUCGGGGUGGUGCGUCGCGCGUGUCCUUGGUUGUCACGAGCCAGGCACCUUUCAAGAGAUGUCAAACUUCGUCUCUUCCGAUGUCUUGUCGAUGGCCCAUGCCGAGACGCAUAAGUGGCAUCUUCCUGCUCAACUUGUUUCCAUUUCGACGCAAAGAGUGCCGUGA